UAGAUUACAUAAGAUAUUUUCUGACAAAUCGCACACACGCAUCGAAAUUCGCUGGUGGUUCACGAUCGACGCUAAAUAUGGUGCGGGGUAUCGUGAGGGGUAAAAAAAGCACUUUGCCGAAAGAUAAGAGCAAAACUUUGGGCGGUGUUUUUCUAGAACAGGCUGAGAAAAAUGGCGACAAAAUAUUCCAGAUCGACGCAGACACUGACUCUCACGACACUUUCGCGGCCUUAAAGAAGAGGUCGGUGCCAAUCGCGGUGAGUUUGCGGGAGUUGGGAGUGAAUUCUCAAGACGUGGUGAUGCUGUGCUGCAAAAACAACUCCGACAACAUAGUUCCAGCUUUGGCCGCGUGGUAUAUCGGCGCACGCGUCGCCUCGGUUGACCCGAAGCAAGAAGUUUCUGACGUCAAAAUAUGUCUGGCUAUCGUGGAACCCAAAGUCGUAUUCGUCGUAGAAGACUCCCUGCGCCUGGUGGAAGACAGUCUUGUCGGUUCGGAUAUUUCUCCCCGUAUUAUAGUCAUAGGAAAAUCCGCAAAGUACAAAACCAUGGCGGAAAUGGAACGAGCUGACAUUAGCGAUUUCAAACUGGCUAAAGUUACCGGCGAUGACGUCGCGGUAAUCUUGUUCAGCAGCGGAACCACGUCGGUACCAAAGGGCAUAUGUAUCAGUCACUAUUCACUUUUAUACGGCGCUCGCGGUUUGGUGGAACACAACAGCCUGAAACCUAGCAUGCUGAUGCACUUCACUUCCACCUACUGGGCGUCCGCCGUCAUGUUGUCAGGUUUGUGCAUGUUAGACGUCAUUCCCAAGGUGAUUGGAUCUCGCAUCGACGGAGAGAGACUGUUACAGCUCAUCGAAAAGUACAAAAUUAGCUAUAUCUUCAGCUCGGGCACCCUGUCGUACUUACUCACGGAUCUCGAUCCGGAAAUCGUAAACAAGUACGACACGUCUUCCUUGUACUCGUACCACAUGGGUGGAUCCACCAUGGACCCGCAACAACUACUAAGACUCCGAAAAUUGCUCAAGCACACUAACGUCGCCAUGACUUUCGGCACCAGUGAGGUGAAUUACGCGAUAGCGUUCGACCACACCAACGCCAAGGCGUAUCUAGAAAAGGUGUCGUCUUCCGGAACACCGCUGCCCGACGUAGAGUUGAAGUUUGUAGACGUGGACACUAGAGAGCCGGUUGGGCCCAACCAGCAAGGGGAGAUGCUGAUUAGAACGCCUUAUAUGUUGAGCGGGUUCUACAAGCUGGAGAAGCCCGAUUCGUUCGACGACGAAGGUUUCCUCAAACAGGGCGAUCUGGGAUAUUACGACGAUGACGGCUACAUCUACAUCACGGACCGAAUUAGCGAGACGUUCAAGUACAGAACGUUCCACGUGUCGCCAUCUCUAAUUGAAGAAGUUUUCCUGCAGCAUCCUUCGGUCAGGGAGGCGGUCGUGUUCGGAGUUGCGCAUCCUGUUGAUAUGUUUCAUCCUGCCGCUUGCGUGGUACCCAAGAAGGAUUCCGAUAUCGACGUCGACGAGUUGAUCGACUUUGUCAACGCUAGGGUAUCGGACAGUCAUCAAAUCAGGGGUGGGGUGAAAAUGGUCGGCGUUUUGCCGAAAACUCCCACCGGCAAAAUUCAAAGGAGAACGGUCAAAGAGGAUUUUUUAAAAUCGCAAAAUUAAAGGUUGUAAAUUAUUAAAAGAAAUUGUAAAUGAAAAGAUAACAAUAAAUGCCUCCAAUUUCAUGAGUUGUCACAA